UUGCUGUCCCUGGAAAGCAUUUACCCUCCAGCACACCAGCUCUCCCUGGACAUGUUAAAAAGACUUUCCACAGCAAACGAUGAAAUCGUGGAAGUUCUGUUAUCCAAACACCAAGUUCUGGCUGCCUUGAGAUUCAUCAGGGGCAUCGGAGGACACGACAGCAUCUCAGCCCGCAAGUUCCUGGACGCGGCGAAGCAAGCGGAAGACGACAUGCUUUUCUACACCAUAUUCAGAUUCUUUGAACAGAGAAACCAGCGGUUACGGGGAAACCCCAGUUUCACACCAGGUGAGCACUGUGAAGAACACGUCACCUUCUUCAAACAAGUUUUUGGAGAACAAGCUCUCAUGAAGCCCACAACGUUCUGAAAGACUCUUCCACUGAAAUGUAUAAACUUAAUUUAUUGCAUUUAAGUAGAUUUUUGAACUACAAAAUUGCUAUUUUAUAAUAAAGUAUAUACAAGACA